AUGGAAAAUUAUUUUCAUAUACCAAAUGAAUUUUCCGAUGUUAAAAUUUCAUUUAAAAAUGAAAAUGAUACAAUUUUAUAUGCAAAUAAAGCUAUUUUAUCGGAAGCAUCACCUAUAAUUAAAGCUUUUUUAGCUAUUGAACCUGACAGUAUAUUUAUUAUUGAUGAAGAUGAUGAACAAUCAAUAAUAACAUCAACAGAUGUUAAUGAUCUUUUAAAAUUUAUUUAUCCACAAUUUACAAUGAAAAUAACUGAACAAAAUAUCAUUGGACUUAUUCAUCUAUCAGAAAAAUAUUUAAUUGAAACACUUCGAAAUGAAUGUAAAAAAUAUGUCUAUACAUGGUUAAAUGAUUUAGAAUUAACAACUUUUGAUGAAAAAAAAGAAUUUGUACCAAGACAUAUUCUCUAUAAAGAUGGAACACGAAAACAUAUUGCAUCAGAAAUAAGUACAUUAUGUGCAUGGCUUCAUGAAUAUUCAUCGCGUGAUGAAAAUAUUUCAUCAUUAAUUCUAAAUAUUCUUAAACAUGCAUCAACAGAUGAUCUUGAACGAAAUGAAAUUUUUUUACAAAUAACUGAUCGUGAAAAAACAACUAUAUAUAAAACAAUCAGUGAAUAUUUAGAACAACAAACAAUAAUUGACAAAGAUUCAUCAGGAACUAUUCAUCAUAAACAAUCAACUUCUUUAAUGUUUGCAUCUGGUGACGCUUAA